AUGGAUGGUGAGAUUCAGCGCACCCUCAGUGAGUUUGCUGACAGCACCAAGCUGUGCAGUGGAGCUGGCACACUUGAGGGAACGGAUGAAAUCCAGAGGGGCCUGGACAGGCCUCAGGGGGUACGAAAUUCCUGGGUGCCAACCUGCCUAUGGCAACCUAGAAUUCUCCAGGGCAGGCUCGCAAAAUCUUCACCUACUCUCUGGGACAGUACUUUGCAGGAACAGAAGGGGGAAUUACGAAAGCGCCUAUCGUACACGACACAUAAGCUGGAAAUGCUUGAAACCGAGUUUGAUUCUACACGUCAGUAUCUUGAAAUAGAAUUGAGACGAGCUCAGGAGGAACUUGAAAAAGUAACUGAAAAACUGAGAAGGAUACAAAACAAUUACCUAGCCUUACAAAGAAUUAAUCAGGAUCUGGAGGAUAAACUUUACAGAAUGGGUCAGCAUUAUGAAGAGGAAAAACGGGCUUUGAGCCAUGAAAUAAUUGCACUCAAUAAUCACUUAAUAGAAGCCAAGGUGACGAUAGAUAAGUUGUCAGAAGACAAUGAGCUCUACAGGAAGGACUGCAAUUUAGCUGCUCAGCUUCUCCAGUGCAGCAAGAACUAUGACAGGGCACAUAAACUUUCAGAGCUGCCAACUGACUUUCAGGAAAGAGUCAGCAUCCACCUGGAAAAACAUGGGUGCAGCCUUUCUGUGCCCUUGUGCCACACUUCUUAUGCUGAUACCAUACCCACUUGCGUCAUCGCCAAAGUACUGGAAAAGCCAGACCCAAACAGCCUGUCCUCACACUUGUCAAGCCCAUCUACAAGGGAUCUCAAUUUUCAGGACUCUGCUGGAAAAGUCGGACAAAGACCCCAGUACCCCAAGUCCGAUAUCUACUGCAGUGACACGGCCCUUUACUGCCCGGAGGAGAGGAGGAGGGAGAGGCGGCAGAGCGUGGACACGCAGGUGAAAGACGUGGGGUUCCUGCGGUCCCAAAACUCCACGGACAGCACUGUCGAAGAGGACGGUUUCCAUUCCAGCUUCUCCCACGAAGCCUUCCCAGAGUACAUUACCUCUCUGCCAACCUCCAGCUCCUACUCCAGCUUCAGCGUCACGUCUGAGGAGAAGGAGAACGCCCAAGCCAACACUCUGACAGCCUCCCAGCAAGCGAUCUACAUGAGCAACCGGGAGGAGCUCUUUGAAAGGAAGUCACCCGCGGGUUACGAGCAUCAGGGAAGCCCCAGGUUUGCCAAGCCCAAACCCGCGCAGCACAUGGAGCUUGCUGACGACAACGAGAACUCGCCCACUUUUACCAGGACUCUGCCUCCAUAUGCAAAUGAACCUUUUCAUUUCUCAGCCAUAACACCACAGCAGGCUUUAGCAAACCAGAAAAUGAGGAACGAGUGCAGGAGCACCCACCUUUCAGAAGAAGACUUGCCAGGGCGAUGGAGGCAGCUGAGCGUGGAGGACAUUGGAGCGUACUCCUACAGGAACACUGGCAGGCUGUCACCCUGCAGUUUCUCAGAGCAGUACUACAGCAGCCCCAUCAAGAAGGGGGACAGUCGAACAAGCCCCAUCUAUGCUAGUUACAAAGCAGACAGCUGCUCAGAGGGAGACGACAUCUGCCAAAGCAGACUUGUGGAUUCUUGCUUCCUGAGAACAGACAGUGGCCUGAACAUUGACAUCAGCACGAGCUGUAAACAGGACAAAUUGCCCACUUACAAAACAAAAGAAUCAAGAGACCAAAAAAACGAAAGGAUCACUGUCCAGUUAUGCAGUAGCAAAAACAUCGAAAAUAGCCCAGUAUUGAAAAGAGAGUACGUGGACGUGAGCCCCAACAGCUCAGCAGAGUCACUCAAUCAGAGUUCAGUGGAGGCUUCAGAAAUCCACCAGUCUUCCAUGGAUCAAGGAAGCCAUCCGGGUGUUCACAGCAAACAGCCGCAGUUUCAGCGGACUGGGAGCACUGGUCUGAGUCGGAAGGACAGCCUUACAAAAGCACAGUUAUACGGAACCCUUCUGAACUAG